CUGGCUCGGCAUCGUUUUCGCUCGUCCUUUUUUUUUUGAUUUUUUGUUUUUGUUUAACUUUUUAAAGUUAUUAGCAAGAAUUUAGAAAAAUGUUGAAGACAAAGGCAAGCAAGAAGACCGGGUUUAGGAAGAAGAAAAAAGAAGUUGUCGACGGAGAUGAAAAACUUCCAAGUGACGAAUCUCCAAUGGCACGGCAAAGAGUAUCCAAUUUUCAAAUUCAAACGCCCGUGGUAGUAUUGACAAGGGUCCGUGAGUUUACCCAUUCUUUUUCUUAUAAAAUCGUCGUUGCAGAAUAAAGAGGGCAAGCAGCUUAUUGAUUUCCUUCAUUGCUCUCUGCAACGACGAGAUGUGGAAAAAAUACAGCAUCACUCUUUUACUACAUUUAAGACAUUUUAUUCGCUUACCUUACCUGGAUGAAUGAAUGAGGUUUGCUGUAUUAAUUGCAGGACCGGGGAAUUGAUGAUCUUUGCCAAUCGUUGAAGCAAAUUACAGCCGAGGAGGGAGCAUCUGGCCCUUGUGGAAAGGAUCGUUCAGUCUGCCAGAGAUGCCGGCAGAACGUGGAGAACGAAGAUUAUGUUGGGGGAGUGUUCUGUCACUUUAUUUGUCCUCAGAAUUUCGUCUUCUGUUCGGAAAAAUGCAAAAAGGAAGAUGGCCACAACUGCGAGCCUUAUGAGUAUCGGGCGACUAAGGAAGAUCGAAUGGUUGCGGAGAUGCGAAGUCGACAUUCCUGAAAACAGCGUCUUGGCUGAUAUGUCAAUAAUCGUCGAAAUCCCAUGCGUCGCCUUUUACAAGAAUCCCAAGUCUAUCGGAUCCGUCAUCGAUGUCGUCCCGUGCAUUCAAUGUGGCGUCGUAAAUCAGGAAAAGUUGGUCGAAAAAGCUGAACAAGAGUAUGGUAUAGUCAAUACCACUGACUGCAAAAAGUGCAAAUGGCCCGUGUGUCCUGAUUGCAAAAAGCUACAUCACAAAGAAUGCAAAGACUUGGCCAGUUUCACGCGUUUAUUUGAAGCACGAAGACUUCCACAUCCCAUGCUUCUGAACCGAGCCAGUGCCUGCUGGAUGCUGGGACUAAUGCGGUUAUCCACCCUGGAACAGAGGAACAAGGAUCUGUUUCGGAAGUUUGAGCUUCUUAUGAAGGAGAGGGAUUCCAGUUCCUUUGAACUUACGCGGGAUGAUAAGAUAUAUUACGACGAGUUCUUGAAAGAAUUUCAGAAGCAUUUUCUUACUUUGCCGCUCUGGAGUGGUCUGGAAAUAAAGCGCAUCAUGGAUGCGCUUAUGUACUACCGUGUGCAUACGGCUAGCAUUUCUUGGCCAGGUGCACGUGUGGGCGUUAUUAUUAACAAGUGUGUCCUGCUUGGGGUCAAGCUCCACUUUGCAUGUAUUCCAAAUAUGAUCCUUACGAAGGAAGUGAAUGCUAGUGGGGUCCUCUUGAAGACUCUGAAGCCAGUAAAGGAGGAGGAGAUAUUAAGCUUGGGGAUCUAUCAGGAUGGAACCGUGCCAGAUGCUGACAGCGAUGGAUUUGGGGAUUAUCUCCGUGAACGAGGACCAGUUCAGAAGAAGAAAUGCACUUCGUCAGCAUGUAAGAUUUGCACGGAGAAGAAAUGAAGUUAGUUGGUGGCGUUUUCUUAAGUUUUGUAGUACCUUUUAAAUAUCUUUUAAUCCACCUUUCCCGUCAUCCAACUUUAAGUUGUAAUAUUAUUUAUAUUGUUAAUUAAAUUUAUAAAUUAAUCAAUAAUAUAAUUACAUACUUAAUGAAAUUUAUUUUACCCGUUGAAAUACAUGUGUAUGUAUGUAUGAAACUGAUCAUUGCUUACUUAUAUGUAUAACAAAUAAUAGCAAAUGCAAAAAAUAUGACAAAACUUUUUUUUCGGACAUAUGUAUUAACUAAAAUAAUAAAAAAGCUAUUCGCAACU